UGCCCCCUGCUGGCCCCAUUAAUGUGGAUUACCCAGCAGGAAAGCCUCUCCCUGAAUCCCCCCCUGAGGGAAAUGUGUUAGUACAGAUAUAUAUAAAUACAGGGGGAGGCUGGAGAGGCUGGCACAGAAGCCAGGAAGCACGGGCCAUAGCCACAUACAGACAGGAUGAAGGCCAUUUCCACCUAUGCUCUUCUGCUCCUUGUCCUUCUAUUUUCUGCCCACGUUGGUCAUGCCCAGCAUUGGUCCUAUGGUCUCCGGCCAGGAGGGAAGAGGGACGCUGAAAGUCUCCAGGACAUGUACCCUGAGACUCCAAAUGAGGUUCCUUUGUUUCCGGAACUCGAGCGCUUGGAGUGUUCUGUCCCCCAGAGCCGACUCAACGUACUGAGAGGAGCACUGAUGAGCUGGCUGGAUGGAGAGAACAGAAAGAAGAUCUGAUACUGGCAGCACCAUGAGACGAGGAGGAUGAUCCAAUAAAUAUAGAUUAAGGCUA